GUGAGGUUUAGGUUGGCCUCAUAGGAGCUCUUUCUUUCCAUCAGUGGCUUCUUUUAAGUUUCAGAAGGUAGUGUAUACACAUGUAGCUAGCUAUUUUUUGUCCUGUAAAGAAAUAUUUAAAGCACCAUUCAAAUAAUGAGAAGGGUUACUCUUUUCGUGAAUGGAACCACCAAAAAUGGCAAGGUUGUGGCAGUGUAUGGGACCUUGGCCGACUUGCUGUCUGUAGCCAGUAAUAAACUGGGAAUCCGAGCCUCCAGCCUGUACAAUGGUAAAGGAGGCCUCAUCGAUGACAUCGCUCUUAUCAGAGAUGAUGAUGUGCUCUAUGUUUCUGAAGGGGACCCCUUUGUUGAGCCACAAAAUGACCUCAGGGGUUCUGACGAGCGCUCAGGAGCUCACACCGAUUGGCUGACUCUUAACAUCGGGGGUCGCCUCUUCACCACCACAAGGAGCACCCUGGUCAGCAAAGAGCCGGAGAGCAUGCUGGCGCACAUGUUCAGAGACAAAGAUGUGUGGGGGAACAAACAGGAUGAAAGGGGGGCUUACCUGAUCGACCGCAGCCCGGAGUACUUUGAGCCCAUACUGAACUACCUGCGGCACGGCCAGCUCAUCGUCAACGAGGGCAUCAACCUAUUGGGAGUUUUGGAGGAGGCGCGGUUCUUUGGAAUAGAGCAGCUUGCUGAGCAGUUGGAAGUAGCAAUAAAGAAUUCCCAGCCCCCGGAGGACCAUUCCCCCAUUUCCCGCAAGGAGUUUGUACGCUUCCUGCUUGCCACACCCACCAAGUCUGAGCUGCGCUGUCAGGGUCUGAAUUUCAGUGGGGCUGACCUCUCCCGCCUCGACCUGCGCUACAUUAAUUUCAAGAUGGCGAACCUGAGUCGCUGUAACCUCACGCACGCCAACCUGUGCUGCUCCAACCUGGAGCGGGCUGACCUGUCUGGGGCUAACCUCGACGGUGCUAACUUGCAGGGGGUGAAAAUGCUUUGUUCGAACGCAGAGGGAGCAUCUCUCAAGGGCUGCAAUUUUGAGGAUCCCUCUGGCCUCAAGGCCAACUUGGAAGGAGCUAAUUUGAAGGGGGUUGACAUGGAGGGCAGCCAGAUGACAGGAAUCAACCUGCGUGUGGCCACGCUGAAGAAUGCCAAGCUGAAGAACUGCAACCUGCGAGGUGCCACGCUGGCGGGCACUGACCUGGAGAACUGUGACCUGUCUGGCUGUGACCUCCAGGAGGCAAACCUGAGGGGGUCCAACGUGAAAGGAGCCAUCUUCGAGGAGAUGCUGACUCCCCUGCACAUGUCUCAGAGUGUCAGAUAGCCUCACCCUUGUUUCCGUGCUUUCCUUAACGGCUAGGGCUGGCCACUCCCACAUGCCAGCCGGCCAAUCACAAACACCCAUAGCUACAACGCUCCCCUGAAACUGUAUGCAAUCCCAGUAUCUCUUCUCUAUGCACAGCCCUGGCGGUCCACCCAAUGUUAGCUUUAUUCUCUUGCACUAGGGCACUUCCAGGGUUGUCAUUCUUCCACUUACGUGUCGAUCGCUCAUUGCAGGGCGAGAAUUUAAGUGUGGCACUAUCCGUUGUGAUGUCAGUCCUUAUAACCGGUUUAUUCGUUGUGUUUUAGACAUAGGUAGCGUUGCAGACAUAUGACUUGUCCCAGCCAUUGUGUCUGGCUGAUGGCUCAAAUAGAAGCAGUAGUUUAGAGAGGUUUCUGACUUCAUGUGGAUGGAGAGAGAGAGAGAGAGAUUUGUCAGCAUUGGCUUGCUUUAAACUAAUAUUAAAUAUUUCUAAUAUUAAAUAUAAAGGCUAAAACAGUAUUAUCAGCAUGGCAGAGCUAUCAUUAAUCUUGCAUAUGAUGUGAAUAUGGACAUGGAUGCAUGGUGGUCAAAUAUUAAGACCGUGGUCCAGUAUAGCUCUUAUUAUAAGCUAAGAGUACACAAUAUUAAUCUGUGCAGGUGGUGUUUCUCUCUCUCUCUCUCUCUCGUGCAUUGUAGAUGUCAAAAAACCUGAUGUUUGACAUUGGCUUUGAAUCUACCUCCAUCUCAGCCAUUUUCUGACUGUGUGUGUAUGUUGCUUGUGUUUUGUUCAUAGCUGUGUAUGCUGCCUCUAAUGGGCUUGCCACAGGAAAGCCAUCACUCAUACGCAUAGAUGAGUAUUGCUGCUUCUAAUCUUUGGAUUUGAGGUAUGAGGGCAAGACAUGCAUGGAAAUAUGAAUAUGUACCAAAUAUUGUUACACGGUCGACAUGAAAGUUGUCUGUCUUGCACCAAAUAGUAAGUGGAGUACGGUUGUAAAACAACACUCCCCAUAGGAUAACAAAAUUAUAAGCUGGAUUUAUCUUUUUAAUUUAUUCUGUCUAUGCUUGGCACCAAAACACAAUCCACACCCUCGUGUACUUGUAUGCUUAUUCCAAUAGGCCCAUUACUAAUGGUCAAACUCAAAUCAUGUUUAUAUCCCUAGAAUGCUUCAUGAAGCAAAUAAUCUCUAAUUGACUGUAGUGCAUAUCAACAUUCAGUCCUAAGGUAUUUAAAAUCUAGUGCUUCCCAAACAGUAGAUUUUGUUUUGAUACUGGAAGGAUAACUAUCACUGCUGGACUGUGAUUUUUGUAUUUUUUGUUUAUUUUAAUGUAUCUGUUGUCAGACUGUAAAUUCAUGAGGUGUGGAUGAGGCUUUGCAUUCUUACGUUAUUGAAUUUAACUAUGGUUAGCAGCAUUGGUCAGGACAAUAACUGUGGAAGAAACUGCUUUUGAAAUGUGGGUGUAGCAAUUACUUUCCAAAGGUACUCAGUCUGUCUUUGUUAUGGCAAUCAGAAAAAUAAUUUUGCACUCUAAGUGCGUUGUGCUUCAUAUAUUACAACCUUGAAAAAAGGAGGAAGGUUAUUUAUUUUAAUAUAUAUUCUGCUAUAUUUAUGUAUGGAGAAUUUCAGUUUCCUUUUUUAAGACUGGGUAUAUGAUUGCUUCCCUACACUUUCACCCAGUUCUGUGAUAAUUGCACUCUCUCAGCCAAGGAAGUGUAUUUUCAUGAAUGGAAUGGACUGUUAAACAAAAGAAAA